GUACCUCUUUAUGCAUUGUAUGUAACAAGGUUGCCUGAUAAAAUAAUAAAAUAAUAAAAAUAGUAAAAUAAAUUCAAGACUGCAACUUACCACACCAAACGUCAACACCUACUCCCUAGAUCAUAUAUCCAUGGGUCAACUGGACUGCUUCUGGCCCAGUCCGACCAGGCCAGACCAGUGUUCUCUUUCUGACACGUGUGCCUAAACUUAUAAAACGACAUAUCUUUAAUAAUAUUUCUUUCGCUAAGUCUUAGGCAAAUGUCAGAUUUCACUUCCAGCUCAAGCUGUUCUGUUCCUUCUAAAGACGCACCCUACUCCUUCGGCAUGGAGUCCAAGACUCUCGCUUUUACGGCAAUCGCCAUCGCCUGCACUCCUUUCGCCGCCUUGGUAUUCUGGAAUUUCAUCCUUCCCUUACUAUGCCGCAUAUUUGCCUUGACAGUCGGAUCCGCCUUCGGUUGGUGUUUGAGAAAGAGUUCCGAAGGUCGCCGUUCCAUACUUAUCCGUACCACGGCCGAAAGCGAAGCCAGAUUUAGGGAAGCCAAAGCUCAAGGGAAAGAAGGCAAUGCUAGUAGCGACGACGAGAGCUGGGAGAAUAUCGAUGGGUCUGUAGCUGGAACGUCCGGAAAUGGGGAGAAAGGCGACCGAGAUUGGGAUGGCAUAGUCGGUUUCUUCCACCCAUUCUGCAAUGCUGGAGGAGGUGGCGAACGAGUUUUAUGGGCUGCGGUUCGAGCUACUCAGAAAAGAUGGCCUAACGCCAAGAUUGUCGUAUAUACGGGCGACCACGAGGUUAUAAAAGACAAAAUGCUCUCUCGGGUCAAGAAUACUUUCAGUAUCGACAUUCACCCGCCUACGAUCCACUUCAUAUACCUAACCACUCGACACUGGGUUUUGUCUUCUACAUGGCCGCAUAUGACGUUGCUAGGACAGUCAGUCGGUUCUUUAAUCAUGGGGUUAGACGCUUUCUCUCUCCUAGUUCCGGAUAUAUUUGUGGACACUAUGGGUUACGCUUUCGUACUUGGCCUGAGCAAGAUCCUCUUCCCAACUAUGCCGACCGCUGCAUACGUGCAUUAUCCUACCAUAUCCACAGAUAUGCUUGACUCGCUCGACCCCAAAACAGCAGUUGGAAAUCAGGGUGUCAAUGCUGGCAAGGGGGUCGGCGUUAAAGGUGCUCUCAAGAAGCACUAUUGGAAGAUAUUCGCCGCUAUUUACUCGUGGAUGGGUGCUUCUGUCGAUGUUGUCAUGACCAAUUCCUCCUGGACGCAAGGUCAUAUUGAGUCAUUAUGGGGCCCGCGCCGAAACCGGAGAGGAAAGAAGCACCCCAUUGCUGUGGUGUACCCCCCAUGCGCCGUGAAUGAGAUCGAACGAGCUGUGGAAAUAUCCGAAGAGAGCGAGAAGAGACGUCAGAAGUACUUGGUGUACAUCGCUCAGUUUCGACCAGAAAAGAACCACCAGCUCAUCCUUCAAUCUUUUGCCGAAUUUGUCAAGACCGGAACUCCCGCGGCAAAGGAAGCUAAGUUGGUUCUCCUAGGUAGUGUUAGGGGCGACGACGAUUCCAAGCGGGUGUAUACGCUUCGUCUGCUAGUCAACGAAUUGCAGAUCAAAGACCAGGUAAUAUUCCAGCUCGACGCUCCCUGGUCUGAGAUCCUCCAAUGGCUUGGCAAGGCCUUCGUAGGAGUGAAUGGCAUGUGGAACGAGCACUUCGGCAUUGGCGUGGUCGAGUACCUCGCGGCAGGCCUCAUUUCGGUCGUACAUAACAGCGGUGGCCCUAAGCUAGACAUUGUCGUUGACGUUGACGGUCAACCCACAGGUUUCCACGCUUCGACAACGUCCGAGUUCGCCGACGGUUUCGAGAAGGCGCUCUCGCAUCCGGACCCUCUCUCCGUUAGGCGCAGAGCGCGCUUGUCGUCUAAACGUUUCACGGAAGAAGAGUUCGCCAAGAAAUGGCUCUCUGAGCUGGAGAAGCUCGUCGCCAUGAAACUGUAAAAACAAAAGCCAAAAAAAGAGAGGAACAUAUUUCAUUUUAUGCAUAACUAUUACUCUCUACCUGUUAUCUUAGGUUCCUAAGCCCAAUUCCCCUCUCAACCACGACACUGCCAUUACCACUACCAUCAACACCCCGUUCCUACUUCGCAGAUAGAUAGACUUACAUCCGAUACCCCCCAUGAUUAUCAAACGCAGGGAAGCGGGCUCGGAGUUUGCAUUACCUCGUUGGUUGUUUGUUUUCUUGUUCCAUUUACAUCCAUUGGGAUGCGUUAGAUUGCCGUGCUCCGUUGCGUUGGUGGCGAGGGCGGAUGAGAUGCGGAGAGGAUACGAUACCAUGACUUGGGUUAGGUGAGUUGAGUAGAAACGAAACGGAGUCCGUAUUACUAGUAACAUAGACCUAAUGGAAUAUAUCCUUAUUCACG